UCCAGGUGGCCAUGAGGACGGCAAGGCGAGCCAGUGCUGUGGAGGUUCCUUCCUUCCUGCGACAGCUGGUGAGGGAGACUGAAAAGAUGGUCACUUUCUUUUUCAAGGGAGGGCAGGUGGAACAACAUGCAGACGAUGAUUCGGAGUCUGAAGAGGAUAAUGAUGAUGUGGAGGAGAUACCCAGCCCUUACCUGGAGAGGCCAAUGCUACAGAAGCAUACUGCCGAGGGCGAGUGUAAGUGGGGAGUUAGCUAUGCCCUGGCCAGCAUGCAGGGAUGGCGUGCACAAAUGGAGGAUGCCCACACAUGCAUGCCUGAGAUGACUGAGGGCCUGCCGAACUGGAGUUACUUCGCCGUGUUUGAUGGGCAUGCUGGAAACACUGUGGCACAGUAUUGCUCCACACAUCUCCUUGAUCACAUCCUUGCGACAGGUACAGUCUAUUUAAUAUAUGAAGACACCCUUCAAAAAGAGUGCUGUGUGGAGCAAGUGAAAGAUAGCAUCCGAGAUGGGUUCUUAGGCAUUGACCGCCACAUGCAGCAACUGGCCCGCAAUAGUGGCUGGGACCGCAGUGGCUCCACAGCAGCCGCUGUCAUGAUCUCUCCACGAAACAUCUACUUUAUUAAUUGUGGUGACUCACGCACUUUCCUGUGCCGUAAUGGCCAGGUGGUGUUCUACACGGAGGACCACAAGCCCUGCAACCCACGUGAGAAGGAGCGCAUACAGAACGCAGGGGGCUCAGUCACGCUGCAGCGCAUCAACGGCUCCCUGGCUGUAUCUCGUGCCCUUGGAGAUUUCACCUUUAAGGAAGUGGAGUGGAGGACGCAGACGGAGCAGCUGGUUUCCCCCGAACCAGAGAUCUAUGAUCUGGAGCGCUCGCCCAGUGAUGAAUUCUUAGUGGUGGCUUGUGAUGGAGUUUGGGAUGCCAUCAGUAAUGAAGAGCUGUGUGCCUUUGUGCACAACCGGCUUUCAGUGUGUGAUGAUUUGAGGGAAGUCUGUUCGCAGGUCAUUGACCUCUGCCUCUAUAAGGGAAGUCUGGACAAUAUGAGCAUCAUCAUCGUCUGCUUCAAUGGCUCUCCACAAGUGACUCCUGAAGCAUUGCAACGUGAGGCAAAGCUGGAACAACUCAUAGAUCUUAAAAUCAUUCAAGUGAUCAGGUCUCAAAAUGAGGAGCCUGAUCUGCUUUAUGUGAUGAAGUUUCUGGCAACUGAAAACAUCCCUGGACUUCCACCAGGGGGUGGCAUCACAAGCAAGUGA